AUGCGGGCCUUUGAGGGCCACCGGCUGCAGAGUAGUCCCCUGUGCCUGUCCGUCCCCCUCGACGGCACCGAGAGGGUGCGGGGCCUGCACGCCCUCGAGCGCUCGGCGGUGGGGUCCCUGCCCGGGCCCAGCCCUUCCCCCAGCCCCGGUCGCGUCGCCCGAUACAAGGGCCCACGCCUGAGCGCCCUCACCCUGCACGACCUGAAGCGGCCCCACCGGUCCUGGGAGGAGUUUUCAGGCUGGGGGGCGCCGUGCCUGGACGCCGCUUACAACCUGCCCCAUGACCUGGACUGCCUCCUGGACAGGGCGGAGGAGAAUCUGGUGCGCUGGGCGCCAAACUACCUGCGCCUGGCGCUGCUGGUUGUGAUGCUGACCUUCUACCUGCGGCCCCCCGCGCUCCUGGGGGCGGCGGCGCUGGCGCUGUCCAUGCUCCGUGCCGCUGCGCUGGCGGGCGCGGCGGACCCCACACCUGGCGGCCACCCCGCCGCCACGGACGCCGUGGAGGGCGCUGCGGCGCAGCAGGCGGCGCUGGCAGCCUCCCAGGCCCAGUCGGGGCCUGGGCAGCAGGCGCUGACGCUGCUGCUGGCGGCGGGGGCCUGGGCGGUGGUAGCCUGGACGCGGUGCCUGCCUAUCCUGGCCCUGGGCGCGGGACUGGGCACGGGGACGCCGAGGCGCGCGCUGCGCCAGGGCCUGCAGGCAGCGGCGCGGCACUGCCGCAGCACGCUGGGCCGGGGCCGGCGCCAGCUGGCGCUGGCCGCCCGGCACUGGUGGUCGGCGCGGCGCCUGAGCGCCGUCAGGGCCUGA